AUGAAACUUACAAAACGCAAACUUACCAAAUGCACUACUAAAGAUGCUGGUAUGAUUGCUGGAUUAAAUGUUCUCCGUAUCAUUAGUGAGUCUACAGCCGCGGCUAUCGCUUAUGGUUUAGAUAAGAAGGCCGCCGGUGAAAGAAAU